AUGCUACACCGCUCCGCCCUGGAAGAUGAACCGAGAUCGUUCCACCCUAGACGUCCCUCGGGAUCACUCAUGGAGCCCCCGUCGGCCGCGCCUCCUAAUCGCCCAGCGUCUCGCUCCUCCCGCCCAGCAUCUCGCAACCGAAUGGGAAAGACCUCAGGAGCUAUUACUCCGACAGGACUAGGUAUGGUUACGGAAAACGCGCCAGGUCUCGUUACAGAUGGUUCGUGGGGCAGUAGCCCAAUCAAAGAAGGACUGGGGAGUGUAAACCGCUGGUCGCAGUCCACCGCAUCGAGCAAGGGUCUACCAGAUUAUAUGGGCCAUCGCCGAGGGAGCUCCAAGAUGUCAACUUCGGGACACAGUCCACAACGAGGACCAGCGUUGGGAGAGCUCCCCGAGCUGAGCCUGCCGGACCUGAGAGCCUCGGAGAUGUUUUCCCCCGACUCGAACUCCCACCUCGAUCUUUCGUUCACGGCCUCGAGUCAUUUGUUUAAUAGCUCUUCGCCAAAUGAACAAUAUAAUUCCAGAACUGGGCCGUUUUAUUCUCAAGGCCACGUGUCUCGGCCUAGUGAAGGUGCCAUCUCGUUAGCAGACGGGGAAGCAGAAGCAGAUGGCCGACAGCAUGGUCAGACCCAGAAAGCAAUGCUGUCCAAAGCACUGCAGAAGGCUAACACGGCUGUGCUUUUGGACAAUGCAGCCAACUUUGAAGGCGCAAUGGAAGCUUAUACAGAUGCAUGUCAGCUGCUGCAACUAGUGAUGCUCCGUAGCAAUGGCGGAGAUGAGGAAAAACUUAAACUCCAGGAGAUUCGCGACACCUAUAUAAUACGAAUCACAGAACUUCAGCGCAUGGACUUGCCUCAACCGGAUAGCGAUAGCAAGGCUCUUCCAGAUCGCCCUUUGAGCCAGGAAUCAUACGGCGAAUUGUUCCAAACUUCAGUGAUGGAAGAUUCUCGUAUCCAGAGCCAACAUAGUUCGAAUAACUCAAGCCUUGGGUUCGAUGCGCCAAUAGAAGAUGCCAAACCAUUCCCUUCCGAGUCAACCCCUUCUCGCCGCCAAUCUUUAAGGCCAGGCGUGUUUGAUGACCAACUACGGUCUAUGGCUAUGCCUAGGAAUCCACAGUCUGGUCGAUCUACUCCCGUCAGCUCAGGUGGUAGUGCUGCUUACCAUCAACAAUAUCUGGAGCCCUCUUUGCAGGAAACCAAUGAAUCAACCUCAUGGCUGGAUACAAUUGAUGAGUCCGGCGCAUCCUCGCCGUCAUCUGCGAACUCUAAGGCGUCCUCAGUCUAUCUACGACAGCGCACAAGUCGUCGCAUAAGCACUGACACUGAGGCCGAGUUCGAUGCCGCCCUCGAUGCAGCCGUAGAGGCUGCAUACGAUGAGGGGUUGGAGCCGGUCAUGGAGUACCGAGAGGAAGAGAGUGAUGAUAUCGUGGCAAAUGCGCGCAGAAAUAUUGAGCUGGCUAAGCAGCGAGUUCGUGAAGCGGAGCUCGAGGCAGAGGUUGCCAUGAACCGUGGCCGAGAGAUACGUCGCUUUCAGGAACAGAACAUAUCUGCGAAUCCGGUGGCACGAAAUUCAGACUACCUCGAUGAGGAAGCAGAGGAGGAAGAACGACUGUUAGAAGAGAUGACCAAGGGCUAUGUCAUGGAUGAUUUUGAGUUUGGCAUUCAGUCUAAGUCGGCGCUCCCUCGAGAAUCUGACUCUAGCAACAUGUCUGGCAGAACCUGGGAAAGCUCAGCCGCUUCCAACAUCACGGGUACUGGGGCUAUUCUGUCUACACUGACGGAGGACGAAGACAUCCUGCCCCCUGAUCGGAGACCAGAGCAAACUCCUCUCCCAUCUUCUCCUCCAUCAGUCGCUUUGCCUCCAAUUCCCUCCGAUUUCCCUAGCUUACCGCAACGAGCUUCUCUCUCUCAGCCUCCCCCUCCUCCCGCAAUGGGGCCACCUCCGGUCCCAGGUGUCCGAGCGCGGCGCCUGUCGGGGCAGGAUUCAGGUGAACUGAAGAUCGAAACCGAUGCACGAUCUCGUACCGACUCCAGCAUCUCUGAUCUCGAAUCCUUCACAACCUCCCUAACAAGUCGCCCCCCACCGCCGCCACUUCCCAAAGACGAACCACCCUCAGACCUCUUCAAAACUCCCGCGUCAACUUUUCGAGCCAAUCUGUACCCCUCAAAGCGUAACCCUUCGAUUGGGUCCAUCACGGACCAUACAAACCUCGCCAAGGCCCGCACUCAUGAAGAUGACGAGGCUGGGCUUACCCCUGUACCUGCAGGGCGGACCAUGGGCAAGAUACCGUCUGCUCCAGAUGGCCUGGACAAGUCUGGUUCAAAAGCAUUUCGAUCCCGCAAUGUAUCCGUUCCCAAUCCCGAGACGGCACCCGGCUCUCCCACUACCCCUUGGAGCGGUUCAUUCCCCACUCUAGAUACUCAGAAAGCCAUCAUGAGUGGCAGUGUUCCUGUCAUGCCAACGCCAACUGCUACGUACUUUACACAAAACGGAUUGCCUACCAGUGGCCUCAACCUCUUUGACUGCAAUAUACAUUCUCCCACAGCCUUGGGCUGUCCAAAUCCUCUUGUGGCCAAUGCACCCCUUCCCCUCGAACCGUGUCCAGAGUCAUUUCUCCUUCGUCCCUUCUGGCUUAUGCGGUGUCUGUAUCAGACACUCGCCCACCCCCACGGUGGCUAUUUGUCCGCCAAACUCUUUGUUCCUCGGGAUGCCUGGCGUGUGAAGAAUGUUAAGAUCAAGGCCAUGGAGGAUAAGGUGUCCAAUUGCGACCUCCUGACCGCGGCGCUGUUAAAAUUGGCCCAGGUAGACACCUAUGAUGCCGAUGCCGUGCUAGAAGAAAUGCAAGCGCUUGAGGGUAUUCUUGAUCAGGUUCAAACUACAUUGUCUAAAAAGCUGGGUCACGAUGUCGGCAUUCAGACGUCAAUGCCCCUUUUCAAACCGAAUGCGACAGCAGAAGAUCCCGCUCAUCCGGACCCUCCCCAUUCCAGGACCUCAGGUACUUCGAACAAGUCUUACCUUCCGACUUGGAAACGGCUACGGGCUAAGACCUCUGGGAUCAGUACAACCGCCUCCGCUCCUCCGAGCGUACGGGAGAGCAACAAGGAUAAUCUGACCCUCAACUCUCUUCCCAUGACGUCGGCACCCACCACUCACAUAAAGCGCAAUGUCACUCAACUAGAGUUCUCGGGUCCGCAGGCCAACUAUAUGGGAGCUUUAGCGCGUCUUUUUGAUGCUGCUCAAGUGAUAGAUCAAAUUGCCCAACAAGUUGAGGAUCCCGGACUCAAACACUCAUCGUCAACCCACGUCGGUCUGGAGCUCAGCACACGUCAUGCAGCCGAGUUCUUUGGCUUCUAUGUGUGCCGCUUUGCACUGGCUGAUUUGGGCAUCAUGCUUGAUAAGUUUAUCAAGCGGGGCAGUGAAUGGGUCUUGGGCUAG